AUGACUAGCCGAUACUACCAGACGUCGAAGCAUACGGAUGAGACGCUCCUGGAGUACCUGUAUCGCCUCAACGUCGCAGGAAUGCGGGCCAAGAUUCACUAUGCCGACGGAAGCCCAGAAGAGAAGCGAGAUCACGUGGAACUGUUCAUCAACACACUGGGAUCCCAAGACCAGGAGCUAGCGUCACGCCUCACGCUUAUGGAAGUCCCCGACGCGACCACACUGGAAAAGAAGUUACGUGCCCGUCAACGCGGACUGGCUCAUCAGAUGAAGACCCUAUUUGGAUCAAACAAAUUUCGCCAAAAGCCGCCCGCGACGACCCCGUCGCCAUCUCGAGCUGUGCACGCCGUCCAUAUGGCCACUGACGAAUACGACUCGGAACGCGAGGAGUAUGCCAGCGAUGACCAGCUUUGCGAGCAAGGCCGUGAUGAAGAAGAUCGGGCCAGGUUGUUCGUGACGGACAACGCACCGCCCGGUGAGAACCCGCGACGCGAGUUUGAUUCGGGAAACGCGAGACUCGAUCGCCCGAAGUGUCAGCACUGCGGGUCUCGUCGACACGCAGAAGGAGACUGUUGGAGCCUGCUCACGUGUCAGAAGUGCGCCGGAAAACAUCCAACCGACCAAUGCCUGCAAGCUUGCAAGGCAUGUGGCGACGUGCAUGAGGCGGGGAAGUGCACCCUGGAAGAGUUCUUCAACCAGCUACGUCAGUGGUUCGACCCUCAGAAGCACGCGGGAGCCGAGGUGCCCAUCUUGGACACCACCUUUGCUCGUGAGGUAGGCUGCCUGAUCGAUACGAGCGUCACUCAAGAGUGCGUUGGUAUCCGCGACGAGACGUAUUUCACAAUAGGUAAAAUCCGCAUCGAGAUCACCUUGGCCGGAGACUUGGUAUAUUACGCGGACCUGUGGGUUGGGGAUCUGGUUGGUCAGCACGCAAUUCUGGGGAUGGACUUCAUGGUACCAGCGGGAGUGCGAAUCGAUGCAGCCGACGGCACCGCUUGUCUCCCGGAUGAGGUUCGUAUUCAUUUGAUCGGGAGACAGCCACUGUACAGAUCGAAGAUGCCCGCGGUGAACAUUCCAAGCUUGACGCGCAUUGCGGUGGGAGACUCAUAUGACGUACCGCUGAGGCCCGAGAAGAUGGCGCCGAAGCUAUGGGUAACGCGUGGGGUGACGUGGGUGGCCUCCGUGACUAAGGCUCGGGUCGGAUGCCGCACAUAUUUUCGCGUGACAAAUGUCGGUGUGAAGACAGAUAUCCUGGACACUCACACCACGAUCGCUUGGUGGACACCAGUUGAUGCUGUACCCCGCGCGUUUGGAUUCGUUCAGCCCGGGUCAAGGAAGUACGACGAAUGGCAGAACUUGGCGUACGGAGCAACCGCCGAAGUGAACGACGGGGAGCUGUUCCAGGCCCCAGAGAUCCCGAUGACGGAACAACGAGAGUAUCAGGACCCGAAAUCCAUCCUGCGACGGACUGAGACUGAGGUUGAGACAGGAAGCGAACGACGCGGGUCCGUCAUGAUGACGACCGCCGUUGAACGCGGAUCCACGGGCGGCCUGAAGAAGAUGAUGGAGACUCGGGACGCGGGUGUGUUAAAAUCGGAACCCGCGGGGAGCCCAGCGACGAAAACUUCAGACAACGUCGAAGCGCCAGACCUGAAACUCGAAGACAUCCCCGAAUACGAAAACGCAGACGCGGAGGUAAUCCUGCAUGAGAGUUCAGAGCUGUUCACCGAAGAUCUGGAAGCCGAGAUGGCGGUGCUGCCGGAAAUUCCACUGACCGCGGACGUCAAGAUCGAGGACUUGAAGGUCGGGCGCCCCGCAGACGUCGAACCGGAGGAGGCCGCGGGGAUGGAGGAGAGACUGCGAAAUGCCCUUCCGCCUGCGGCCAAGGGCGUAGCAUGCGACAUCAACGUGGGAAACGCGAGACCGAUCGCUCAACGUGUGCGAAAAAUCUCGAGUCAGUUUCGGGAGAAACUAGCGGAUCUGAUCAGAGGUCUGAUCAGUGCUCGGAUGGUCCGUGCUUCAAAGUCCCCAUGGGCAUCCCCCUUCGUUAUCAUCGUGAAGGAAAACGGGGUGGAUAUCCGGCUCUGCGUCGACUAUAGACUUGUCAACAGUCUGACGCAGCUGAUUAUCUACCCCAUGCCUUUGGUCACAGACCUGCUUGAAGACCUAGACAAGUACAAGUGGUACUGCUCGCUAGACAUGACCAGCGGUUUCUGGGUGGUUCCAAUGACAGACCGUGCCAGGCUCAUAUCAGCCUUCAUCACUCCGUUCGGCCUGUUCGAAUGGCUACACACGCCCUUCGGACUGUGCAACGCUCCGCGGAUAUAUCAACGGCUAAUAGAUAACGCGUUGUACGGGUUCUGGAAGCUGUCACCCACCGGCGACACCCGCGAUGUGUUCAAUGACGGAGAUCCAGCGAAGCCCGGAACGAGGUCGGUGUUAGAGUGGCAUCUGUCGAUUAGCGUCGAGAAGAGCGAGUGGGGUGUGUCACGGGUGGCGUACCUGGGCCACGAGGUAUCGGAGUUCGGACUCGGGGCGAAGCCAAAGAACCUGGAAUCCUUGGUGACGCUAGAGUUCCCACGAACGUUGAAGGGACUGCAAUCGUUUUUGGGGAGCUUGAACUAUUUCCACAGGUUCAUCCCCGAGUUCGCGAUCUACGCAACGGUGCUAUAUUCGCUCUCGGAACGCGAUUUUGGCGAGUACGUCACGGACCCAAAAGCCCGCAACCAGGGAAAGUGGGUGCACGCCAAACGCGCGUUCGAAACACUCCGAGCGAAGAUCGCGACGACCCCGAUGUUGAGACAUUUCGAUGCGGGGAAGCAACCCGUCGUGAUAUUGUACGCGAGUGACUGGGCCAUCUCGGCCGUACUUGCACAAGAAGAUGAUGGCAUGUACAUGCCGGUGAAGUUCACGAGUCGAACGCUGAAGCCCAACGAGUUGAACUACAACAUCACCGUGAAUGAGAUCCUGGCGCUGCUGCGAGUUUUGAACGACGGGUAUACCAUGCUGGUCGGGAAAACCAUACGCGUGCUUACGCGACACACGACAUUGGGAUGGCUGUUCCGGACCAAGGCGAUCCACGAGAGGGGAAAGGAAAUCCUCGGGACCCUGGCCGCGUGCAUCACACCGCGCGCACACGUCGAUACAACCCUGGAAGAGAUCGCCCCUCGGAAACGGAUACCACGGACGACCACAAUCCCCGUGCCGAAGAUCGGAUCGGCCGAAAGGCUUCACGUCGUAAGCUUUGACGCGUCAGCGCGGGUCAAGCAAGAAGGCGGAGCGUUCAGCGCAAUCGUCUGGGAGCUGCCGAACUGGGACGUAGUACGCGCGGCCUUGGGGUACGCGGAGGACAUCAUGGUCAACGAGGCAGAGUACCGAGUAAACCGAACGACGACCACGCGAAAGCCGGACGUUCUACAGGAACUCGUAGUGCAACGGAUCCGUUUGGACCGUGUCCGCGUGGCACAAGAAGAGGAGCUCUGGAUAUCCAACCUGAAGCAAUUCCUGGAAGGGAAUAUCGGCGAGCUGUCGAAACGCGAGGUACGUGACUGUGUCAAACUCGCGAGCCAGUACGAGGUGGGGGAAAGCGGGUUGCCGUACUAUCAUGUGCGGGGAAACGAGUCGGCCGAAGACCGGGAUGUAAUCAUGAAGCUCGUGGUUCCGGAAACAUUUCGUGACGAUAUACUGCACCACUACCACGCGAGUUUGGAAGACCGGGAAAGGAAGACCGACGAUCCCAGGGAGUCACCCGGGAACAUCGUCGCGACGUACCCAUUCCAGGUCAUAGCGAUGGACCAUAUCCCGUCGUUGCCCGCGUCGCACAAGGGAAACACGGAGCUGCUGGUAUGGGUGGACCUAUUCACGGGUUUUGUCAUAGAGAAAGCGAGCACGUCGCGGACGGCGCAGACCGUCGCCGAGUCGUACGAAGAAGCCGUGAAUUGCCGUUUCGGUGCUAGUGAGGCCAUUCGUCACCAUCGCGAGCCAGGUUUCAUGUCAGACUUCUUCCGAGCUAUUAACAGGCUCAUGGGACAGAGGCAACGCGCGACUUUGGCGUACCGGCCACAAGCAAAUGGGGCCGCCGAGCGUAUGGUUCAGACCAUCACGCGUACUAUAAAGAUGUACAUCGCGGACGUCGAGCAACGCGACUGGGAUGAGUACGCAGAGAGGCUCACCUACACCCUGAACACGGCCCACAAGCCCGUCGUUGGAGACUGCGAAUUCAAUGCCAUUACAAGAUCGCCCGAGCACAAGCGCUGGAGCUCGUCCGCAAGGCUGUCGAAAUCCGGGCCCGACGUCACAACGAACGGGCGACGGAGCACGCGAUCUCCGAGGGAUCCCAAGUCUGGCUCUAUCUUGACAGCGUCAAGCCCGGUUACGCGUGCACUGGCGCACAUGUGGCAUGGCCCGUUCCGCGUGGCGGAGUUGGUGAACACAUACGCUGCGCGAUUGGAGACGAGUGACACUCCGUACCAACUAUUCCCGAUUGUACACCUGUCCAAGUUGAAACCCGUGCGGGAAUUUCCGUCGAGACCUGAGUUACGUCUGACCGUGCCGUUGGACGAGCGUUUUGAUUACGACGAGGAGCUCCUCCCUGAAGAUAGCUGGGAGGCACGAGAGUUAGACGACGGAAUAUACGAAGUGGAGAGAAUACUGAACGUACGAGAAGGGCGAGUCACGAGGUACGGACGAGCGACGCGCGAGUUCAAGGUGAAGUGGAAGGGAUACCCGGACGCGAGCUGGGUCGAUGAGCUGGAUUUGAACUUUGGUGGACUGCUGUACGACUUCCUGCGACAGCGCACAGUUGACGCCACAACGGGGACCGGAGUCGGAGGAGUCGACACCGAGGUGGCUCCAGGCGUCGACGCCGCAGUCGUCGGGGUCGUGGAAGCCGCCGUCAACAUCGCGGCAGAUGUCGGCGUGGAAGACGACGCCAACGACCCUCCAGGUUUCGAAGGCGAAGGCGUCGUUACAGGCUUCGCAGCAGAAGACGACGCAGACGACACGACGGGUGUCGAAGUCACGGGCGUCGGAGCGACCGACGUCGUUGUAGACGACGUAGUGGUUGUAGGAGUCGCGGGCAGGGUCGACGACCUCCGUGUGGAAGACCGAAGAGACGCGAGAGCAGAAGCACCGGACAGAGUGGUCUCCGACGUGGGAGGUUGUCCGGUCACAGGGUCUAGUGCUCAAACGCGAGGUCAGCGCGUCACGUACGCGACGAGCGAUCUCGCGACCAACUCGCGCCUCUCGGAGUAG